GUCCAGCCGGGUCUCGGGUCUCACGUGGCCUCUGGGAGACAGCAGCACAGAGCCAAGCAAAUCCUUCAAGGGCCAAUGAAUCAGUCAGGAACUGCAGAGGAGCUUAAGCUCCCACCUUCAGAUAGAGUUGUGCCAGCAGAUGGUACAGAGGUACAGGAGAUGCCUGCUGACGUUGCCAAGACGUCUGAUGGGAGUCUGAAUCAGCCUGCAGGAUUUGAUAUGAUCUACAGAAUCGAGGACGUCCCGCCUUGGUAUCUGUGUGUGUUGCUGGGACUGCAGCACUACCUAACAUGCUUCAGUGGAACUAUUGCUGUACCAUUCCUAUUGGCUGAAGCCAUGUGUGUGGGGCAGGACCAGUACACUGUCAGCCAGUUAGUGGGCACCAUCUUCACCUGUGUGGGGAUCACUACGCUCAUACAGACUACAUUUGGUGUCAGGUUGCCUUUGUUCCAGGCAAGUGCUUUUGCCUUUCUCAUCCCUGCUCAGGCAAUUCUGAGGCUGGACAAAUGGAAAUGUCCUCCUGAAGAGGAGAUUUACGGAGAUUGGUCUCUUCCUCUCAACACUUCUCAUAUUUGGCAACCACGGAUACGAGAAAUUCAGGGCGCUAUCAUUAUCUCCAGCCUGAUUGAGGUGGUCAUAGGGUUUGCUGGAAUCCCUGGGAUCCUGCUUAAUUCAAUCGGGCCCCUGACUGUCACUCCCACAGUGUCCCUGAUCGGCUUGUCUGUCUUCCAGACGGCAGGAGACCGUGCAGGCAGUCAAUGGGGCCUGUCUCUGCUGUGUGUCUUCCUCAUUGUGUUGUUCGCUCAGUAUCUAAGGAACUGGGCCUGUCCUUUCCCAAGCUACUCCAAACAAAAAGGCUGUCACAUCACACACGUGCAGAUAUUCAAGAUGUUUCCAAUCAUCAUGGCAAUCAUGGUGGUAUGGCUGGUUUGCUACAUUCUCACCCUGACGGAUGUGCUGCCGAACGACCCGAAUAAGUACGGCUACAAGGCUCGCACUGACGCCCGGGGCGAUAUUAUGACCCAGGCGCCGUGGUUUCGUUUCCCCUAUCCAUGUCAGUGGGGUUUACCCACAGUGACAGUAGCAGGAGUGCUGGGAAUGUUUAGUGCCACUCUAGCUGGUAUUGUUGAGUCUAUUGGAGACUAUUAUGCCUGCGCUCGUCUCUCUGGAGCUCCACCUCCUCCUGUUCACGCUAUCAAUAGGGGGAUCUUUACAGAGGGAGUGUGCUGUAUCAUAGCGGGGCUGCUGGGCACAGGAAAUGGAUCGACCUCUUCCAGUCCUAACAUAGGGGUGCUUGGCAUCACCAAGGUGGGAAGUAGGAGGGUGAUACAGUAUGGAGCAGGCAUAAUGCUGUUAUUGGGAACUAUUGGGAAGUUCACCGCCCUGUUUGCCUCCUUACCCGACCCUGUCCUCGGAGGGAUGUUCUGCACCUUGUUUGGUAUGAUUACAGCUGUUGGACUGUCAAACCUACAGAGUGUGGAUCUGAACUCCUCCAGAAAUCUUUUCGUUCUGGGUUUCUCCAUGUUUUUUGGCCUCAUGUUGCCUAAUUACCUGGAAUCUCAUCCAGGCAGCAUUAAAACAGGUGUAGCAGAGCUGGACCAAAUCAUCACAGUGCUCCUGACAACAGAGAUGUUUGUAGGGGGAUUCAUAGCAUUUGUACUUGAUAACACAAUCCCAGGCACUAGAAAAGAGCGAGGUCUCAUUGAAUGGGCGGCUGAGAAUUAUUCAGGAGCAGGAAUAGUAAAAACAGAUACAUAUGACUUUCCCAUUGGGAUGGGGCUGGUCCGGAAGCUGGGCUGUCUGCGCUACCUGCCAAUCUGUCCCACUUUCCGAGGCUUUAAGCCAUCAUGUCGCAAAUAUGAGGAGGAGGAGGAGGAGGACAUAAAAAUAAAGGAAGGUGUGAUUGAUGCUCCAGUUGAAAUGGUCUGCACCAAAAUUUAGCCAUAUUUUUUAUUUGACUUGGUUUAAUAUAUAAUGUAUGCUGUUUGGGUGAAGCUGAACCUUUUUCAAAACUGAGCACCAAUUUUGCUGUCAAGAUUUUUGAUUUGUUUCUUCAAUUUUGCAUCUAAAACAGACAAGAAAAAUGCACCAUUAGAGAAUGGGUGCAUAUAUUUAAAGGAAAACUUGAAUGAACAGUUUGAGAACAAAGGGUCUCUGUUCUUUUCACAUCAAACCAAAUGUAAGAUUUGAUUUGAUUAUAAAGCAUUACGUGUUUUAUUGAAAUUACUUCAAAAGAAAAUGA